UCCUCCUCGUCGAUCUCCAUCUCCUGCAAAACCAACUGGUCUAUUUUAUCGAGCGUUUGCUCUUUUUUUGUUGUUUUUGCACUCGCUUCAUCUUUCUAUCCCGCAGCCUCCCUCGGUUUUUCUCCCCAACCCCCUCCCAUUUUUUUUUGCAUAACUUUUUGUUUUCCAAUUUUGCAAUAUUAGCCUCGGCUGCUUGGUCCAACAUUAUCUCCCACUGUUCGGUACUGCUCGUUUUGUGGUGAGGGGGCUGAGAUGGUGUUGCGAAAGACAAGGUUCAAUAUGUUGUGGCCUGUUGCGCCGAUCGCAUGUAGGGGGAGGUCUACAGUGCAAGAAAAAGGCCCCAUCAGCCCAUCGCGCCGGCGUUGGUGAAAGACAGCUCUUGAUUUCUUACGUUAAGUGCUUGACCUGAUGAAAGUGUGUCAUUCAGAAACCUGGGAGAUUUCGAUUGAAGUAUUUUGGAAGAUGUUAAGGGCUGAUUUUUCACUACCCUUCCUUUCAUAUAAGAGAAGGACAGCUACAUUUAACACCACAGAAUGGCGGAAAACGAUGUUGACAAUGAGCUUUUGGACUAUGAGGAUGACGAGGUCGAGAACCAGGCAGCGGGUGAUGCGUCAGAGGUGCCGCUCAAGAAGGAUGUGAAGGGCUCGUACGUGUCCAUACACAGUUCUGGGUUCCGGGAUUUCCUGCUGAAACCAGAGUUACUGCGUGCCAUUGUUGACUGCGGUUUUGAGCACCCCUCUGAAGUACAACAUGAGUGCAUUCCCCAAGCAAUUCUGGGCAUGGAUGUCUUGUGUCAGGCCAAGUCUGGCAUGGGAAAAACGGCAGUAUUUGUCUUGGCUACACUUCAACAACUGGAACCUGUCACCGGACAAAUUUCAGUCCUGGUGAUGUGCCACACUCGAGAACUGGCAUUCCAAAUCAGCAAGGAAUACGAACGGUUCUCCAAGUACAUGCCAAGCGUGAAGGUUGCGGUGUUUUUUGGUGGGCUCUCCAUUAAGAAGGACGAGGAGUUGUUGAAGAAGAACUGCCCGCACAUUGUGGUGGGCACCCCUGGCAGGAUCCUGGCACUGGCUCGCAACAAGUCUCUGAACCUCAAACACAUCAAGCACUUCAUCCUGGACGAAUGUGACAAGAUGCUCGAGCAGCUCGACAUGCGUCGAGACGUCCAGGAGAUCUUUCGCAUGACCCCUCAUGAGAAACAGGUCAUGAUGUUCAGUGCCACCUUAAGCAAGGAGAUCCGCCCUGUUUGUCGCAAGUUCAUGCAAGAUCCGAUGGAGAUCUUUGUGGACGACGAAACCAAGCUGACUCUGCACGGGCUGCAGCAGUACUACGUGAAGCUGAAAGACAACGAGAAGAACCGCAAGCUUUUCGACCUGCUCGAUGUUCUGGAGUUUAAUCAGGUGGUUAUUUUUGUGAAGUCGGUUCAGAGGUGCAUUGCCUUGGCACAGCUCCUGGUUGAGCAGAACUUCCCCGCCAUAGCCAUUCACCGGGGCAUGCCCCAGGAGGAGAGGUUAUCUCGAUACCAGCAGUUCAAGGAUUUCCAGCGACGGAUACUGGUUGCCACCAACUUGUUUGGCCGUGGGAUGGACAUCGAGCGAGUCAACAUUGUAUUUAAUUAUGAUAUGCCAGAGGAUUCUGACACCUACUUACACAGGGUGGCUAGAGCUGGCCGUUUUGGUACCAAGGGACUGGCUAUCACAUUCGUGUCGGAUGAAAAUGACGCCAAGAUCCUCAAUGAUGUGCAGGACAGGUUUGAAGUGAACAUCAGUGAGCUGCCCGACGAGAUCGACAUUUCCUCAUACAUUGAACAGAGCAGAUAGACCAGGAGCUACAAGCCCAGCUUUUAGUGCCGUCGAUUGUUGGCAGCCCUAUGUCUGAUCUGCACCAUUUUACAUUGAUGCACAUUCAUUGGCAUUGACAGUGCAAGUGGCUGUAUGUAAAUACUAUGCGUUUAGCUGCACUUGACAGCGAUGUGACAUUAUUCCGUUACAUAGAAACUUUUUAGAAUUAUUUUCCUCUUUCCUUUAUCUUUGGUAAACUGUGUUUUGCAUGGAAAUUAUGAUUGUUCUAAUAACACUAUGUCACGCCAAAUGGUACAAUGUAUUUGAGUAGAGAAUCUGUUCCAGUAAUAAUUAAAAGAAAACACACACACCUUCGUACGAGGAGCAGA